CAAAAACAACGCCCCCACUAGCUAGCCGGUCCUUCUUGCACACGUCCUUGUUUGCUUGCAAGCAACAGCACCAGCAUUCCCCACAGCAACAAGGACAAGCACCAUGCCAAACCUCUUCUUUCGCCGUCGCAAGAAGCACCACCACAAUGACGACAGCCACUCCGUCCUCGACGUCACUGCGGGCUCGCAAGUGAUGUACCCUUCAGCCAUGUACGCAUCCGCCACCAGCCCCUCCCACGCACACGCGGCUCGCGUGUCAGUGGAGUCGCUCGGAAACGAGCCAGCACACCGCCACUCUGCUGGGUCAGACGCCUUUCGCAUGUUUGAGCAGACGCGAGCCAGCGUCACAUCCCAGGACCUGGAACAGCAUCAGCAGCGGCGGCGCUAUCGCCAGCACACAGCGGUGUCAUCGAACAAGCAGUCACCCAGUGGGCGUGACGGCUCAUCCGGGCCGCACACACGAGACACACAUAACUCCUCCUAUUCGCAUGACGACCAUCUCGGGGCAUUCACGGAACACGGAGGUGAUAGCUCCGUCGGCAGCACACCGCGCGGCAGCGGACAGCGCUUCCUUGACGGCGAUGCGCACAAGCCAAGCGCCAUCUUCAACCUCAGUAACGGCGCCACCGCGGCACCGCCCACCACCACGUCCACCCCUCCUGGCCCCGCCGCCAGCCAGCAGCAGGACGAGACGCGCGUGCCCGUCGGCAGGGUUGUGUCUGUUCGCAACGAACGCCCCGAGGCGCUGGCUGCAUCCACGCAGUCAUCCAACAAUACCAAAGGCGCGCGUGCGCGCAAGCAAUCUGAGGAGACUGGCACAGAUGGGCGUGGCCCGUUGCGCUGGCUGCGGAACAGGUUUGGCGGUGCGAAGGACAGCCGGGAGCGCCGAUAUGCGCUCUCCCAUUCGCAUGCGGACUACGACGGCAGCUCGCCGCUCUUCUUCCUUCACAGCAGCGCUGCAAUGAAAGGCAGUGGCUCCCGUCACGCGCGCACGCGCGUCAAGGGCCUUGGGCUCAGCCCUUACCUGCGGUACACCCACCACGCGCGGCACAUGUUUCGCACCAUCUCGGAGCUGGUGCUCAUCAUCGUCAUGAUUGCGUUCCUUGCAUCCGGUUUGCUCUACUUCGGCCUGCAUGCCCACGUGCGUGAUGACGCACCGUGCUCAGCCACAUCCGGCAGCGCUGAGGUUGCCACACGGCGUGCAACAGCAUGGCAGUGCUUCCAAUCCAUGCUCUCGCUUCUCCUCACCAACAGCGACGAUUGGUGUGCUGUGAGGCUCAGUAUGGACGGCGCAGUCUACGUAACAGCCAUGGCGGUAUCUGUCCUCGGAACUCUGCUUCGGCUUGCAUUCCUCGGCUUCUUCAUCAUGCGUCUCUCGAAACGACCACCCUUUAUUCUCUUUUCCAAGUGGAUAUGCAUGGGCGACAAUCGUGAGAUCACGUCACGCAAGACACUCGAGUUUCGCAUCGGAAACCUCUAUGGCACAUCGCGUCGCAUUCUUCAGGCUCGCGUGCAAGUGACGAUGGGAUUCACGCCCCGUCUGCAGCACGGGUCUGCACGCAGACGCUUUAUCCGCCUGCCCCUGGUUGCGCACGAGACGGCCGCCAUGCCUGUGAUGUGGAGUUGUGUGCACGUCAUUGACAGCGAAUCCCCGCUGCUCAACGAAAACUGGGAGAAGUUGCAUGCACAGGACAUUGAGUUCUCCGUGCUGCUAUCUGGGAUUGACGAGAAGAGCAUGCAGCCGGUGUACCACUACCACCAGUACACGUCUGCGCAUCUGUUGACAGACGCAGCGUUCAAGCCCAUGACACACCACAAGAAGAACAAGGUUGUCUUCGACUUUACCAAGUUUCACUGCUGCUCCGUGCUUCGCCCAGUCAACCGCCAAAAGCAGAACUGACGGCACAGGGCUAACAGUGUUUGUUGGUUGUUGGUUGUGCGCCACAACAUGUGUUACUUGUCUUGCCUGCAGGCAAACUGGCAUGCGUCUGCUUUGCUUCUUGUGUUUGUUUCUUGCUUGCUUUGUUACUGUACGCUUGUGCCUCUGGAGAGAGCAGCGAGUCCUCAUGAGGAAAGACAUUGCUGCCACCGCUAUACUGUAUCAUCAUCACCACCAUCGUCGUCGUCAUCAUUGUCACUUGACAUCAUUCACCAUUGUCGGUUUUUUUUUUAUAUUUGCGCCUGCUUGCUUGUCGCCGCUUUGGGUCUUGAUUGUACACAGCACGUUCCCCUCCCUGCUGCCGCACCCCGUUUAUCCACCACUGCUUUCCCUUGUCAUGAAAGGUGUUUGCUGUAACAUAACACUUGGUUCGUUCAAUACACACGGCGAGAGAAG